AGCGCGUGUGCUGUGAGUGUGUAAAUGCGCGAGUGUGUGGGUGUUCCUGAGCGGCGCGGAGUGCGGUUAGACGGCGGCGCCAGUUGACUCCCAAGCGCCGCGUAGCUACUACGCUUAGCCGCGUUUCGUCCGCACCGCGAUCCCAAUAACUUUGUGCACUGGAAACUUUUCAAAGCAAUUUUCGCGUGUUAUCGAAGUUCGCUUCACGUUAUCGUCGCGAAUUACGUGUAUCGAGCUGCGGGCGUGCUUGCUCAGCGAUUAGACACGCACUUUCGCACGUGUAAACGCAUCGGUCGGUCUAUUUUUGAAUAUUCUCUAAACGCUAUCGCUACACCGCGAAGUUUUCGAAACGCCCGUACCGGGUUAACGCCCGCUGCACAGUGCAGUCGCAACGGCAGUGUUUUUGUUGACGGAUAACAUUUUGUGUUGUUAACCUCCGUUCAAUCUGAGAGACGUUAUCUUGGUGCGCGCGCCUGUAACCUCUCGGUCGAGUGAUGACUUCGGAUGACCUUGUUAGUGGUUUAUCUUUGUGAGUGUCAGUGAGAGGCAGUAGUGCAUGUGCUGUUACCGGUAGUGCCAGUGAUGUGACAGUUUAUGGAAGUGUCAGGGUUGACUCGGAAUGUUCACAAAGAACGCCAAGGCUCCCGAGCGGUGCCGACACCCUCAUAGGAGCUACAAGAAGAAAAAGCCCCUGCCGCAUACACCCUGGAAGUACUUGAUGAAUUGCCCACUCGUUAGGAAAUGUUUUGGUCUACAGUUGCGCAGCAUAGAGGAGCCGGCAGGUGGCGCGGGCGGCGGUGUGCCCGCGGCCACCUGCUACGAUGCGGAAUGCGCUCGCACUGAGGCCUGGCUGGACGAGAACCAGGAGUUUGUGCAUGAUUACUUCUUAAGGAAAGCGACGCGGCAGGUGGUAGACGCAUGGCUGGUGUCGCACGCGACGCCGCCCAGCGCCGAGCUCGCGUCGCCGUCGCGGGCAGGAUCAGGCGCCACCACACCUGUCAGAACGCAUUUCUUCGGCAGGAAGAUAUCGGCGCACGAGUUCGAGCGCGGCGGACUGCUGAAGCCGCUGGUGACGACGGUGGACGGCACGCCGACGUUUCUCGGCGACCAGCCGCAUGCCGCGCCGUCGCGGCCGCAGCGCCGCUCGCGACAUGAACUGAGGCAGCUGGAUGAGAAAGAACUCAUAUUUGAGCUGGUGAAAGACAUCUGCAACGAGCUGGAGGUGCGGGUGCUGUGCCACAAGAUCCUUCAGAACGUGUCGAUACUCCUGGACGCGGACCGGGGGUCCCUUUUCCUGGUGCAGGGCGAAAAGGCGGCGUCCCCGCAUCCUCAGAACGGCAGAUGCCUCGUGUCGAAGCUGUUCGAUGUGUGCUCCAAGUCCACGCCCGAGCAGAUGGAGCAGUUGGAGGAGAUCCGCAUCCCCUGGGGCAGCGGGAUCGUCGGCUACGUCGCGGAGAGCGGCGAGCCCGUCAACAUACCAGACGCUUACAAAGAUGAACGGUUUAACCACGACAUCGACCAGCAAACAGGGUACAAGACGAGAUCGUUACUAUGCAUGCCUAUAAAGGACAUCAAUGGAGAAGUUAUUGGGGUCGCUCAGGUGAUAAACAAACAGAACGACGGCCCGUUCACAGCGAACGACGAGAAGGUGUUCGCGUCGUACCUCCAGUUCUGCGGCAUUGGGCUGCGGAACGCGCAGCUGUACGAACGGUCGCAACUGGAGGUGAAGCGCAACCAGGUGCUGCUCGACCUGGCGCGCAUGGUGUUCGAGGAACAGAGCACCAUAGAGCACAUGGUGCUCAGGAUACUCACGCACACGCAGAGCCUCAUAAGGUGUCAACGAGUACAGGUCCUUCUAGUCCACGAAGCGUCGAAAGGCAGUUUCUCCCGCGUGUUCGACCUGGAGGCGGGCGACGAGACAGAACCCGGCACGCCUAGAACUUCCCCCUACGAGAGUCGCUUCCCCAUUAACAUAGGUAUCACCGGAUAUGUGGCCACCACGGGAGAGACUGUGAACAUAGCUGACGCGUACCUAGACGCCCGGUUCGACCCCUCGGUCGACGAGGGAACGGGCUUCAAGCACAAUACCAUCUUGUGUAUGGCCAUCAAGAACUCCGAGGGCAUGAUAAUCGGAGUCAUUCAGUUAGUAAAUAAAUUCGACGAGCUGCUGUUCACGAAGAACGACGAGAAUUUCGUGGAGGCGUUCGCGAUAUUCUGCGGGAUGGGCAUCCAUAACACGCACAUGUACGAGAAGGCCAUCACGGCUAUGGCCAAGCAGAGCGUUACUCUAGACGUUUUAAGUUACCAUGCAUCCGCUACAUUAGAUGAUGCACAGCGGUUACGAGUAAGUAAUUUAUAUUUCCAGACGCUAAGGAUAGCCUCGUCGGCCCACUUCAGCCUCCAUGAGCUGGAAUUCGACGACAUCCAGAUGAGCGACGACGACACACUCACCGCUUGCCUGCGAAUGUUCCUGGACCUGGACUUCGUGGAGCGGUUCCAUAUCGACUACAGUGUGCUGUGCCGGUGGCUGCUCAGCGUUAAGAAGAAUUACCGGAAUGUGACUUAUCAUAAUUGGAGACACGCUUUUAACGUUGCGCAGAUGAUGUUCGCUAUCUUAACUGAAACCCAAUGGUGGAAGAUCUUCGGAGAGCUGGAGUGCCUGGCUCUGAUCAUCGGCUGCUUAUGCCACGACCUUGAUCACCGAGGGACCAAUAACUCUUUCCAGAUCAAGGCAUCGUCACCCCUAGCGCAGCUAUAUUCGACGUCCACCAUGGAACACCACCACUUCGACCAGUGUCUGAUGAUCCUCAACUCUCCUGGCAAUCAGAUAUUGUCCCAUUUGUCCUCAGACGAUUAUGAGAAGGUCGUCAAGGUGCUUGAAGACGCGAUCCUGUCGACUGAUUUGGCGGUAUACUUUAGCAAACGCACGUCCUUCAUUGAGCUGGUGGAGCAAGAGCGCUCGGUAACCGCGGAGUGGGGCGAGUGCGAGCAGCGGCGCGGCCUGCUGCGCGCCAUGCUCAUGACCGCCUGCGACCUGGCCGCCAUCACCAAGCCCUGGCCUGUCGAGCGGCGUGUGGCGGCCUUGGUGGCUGGAGAGUUCUUCAGGCAGGGGGAUCUCGAGCGGCAGAACUUGAACUUGACUCCUAUUGAUUUGAUGAAUCGGGAUAAAGAAGAUGAGCUGCCGGCCAUGCAAGUCAAAUUUAUCGACACAAUCUGCAUGCCUAUUUAUGAGGCAUUCGCAGUCCUAUCGCCAAGCCUACAGCCGAUGCUAGACCGAGUCAAAAGCAAUCGAGCGCACUGGAUCGAGCUCUCCAACAACGACAAGAACGACUACAUGGACAAGGAGCCAGAAAGAGACAAGUCCAGCCUCAGCUCCCACGUCGAGGACACCGAUACGUACGAGGGAGACAGCAGCGGCGCUGUCAGCUUGUCUUCGGAGACUAAUUUCAAGUAUGAAAACCUCGAAAACCCAGUCGUAGGGCUGCUAGCCAACAACGCACUCGCGCUCACAAAUCAGGGUAAAUUCAACAACGUCAAUGAUGUCAACUGAAACGCGUUCGAAGUUUCAAAGGCCAAUAGAGAAGCCAAAUCGUCCAAUUAGAUAGCUUAGGGUAAGGUCCGUAUCCCGCACAGCACAAGACUUUUACUUUCAACCAGCGAUUUCUGUAAUUUGUUUAAUAUACAUCCAUGUUCCUAUUGGUCUGACUGGGAGAUAUAUUUCACAUGGCGGGCGUAGAAACAGAUGUGUGAUAUUUAUGUAGUAAAUAGUUGAUAUAGUCAAAUGAAUUUCCCAUAACGCAUGGCGUUUAAUAAAUAACUUGUCACCUGUCGCCGCACUAUUUUUGUACACUUCAUUUACUAACGUUUUUAAUGAAAAAAAGUAAUAUACUUACUUCGAAGUCUGUAACUAUUUAUGAAAUUUUACUCGUUAGAAACAAUAACGAAAUAACUUCUAUUUUAAUGUAUUUAUGAGGAUAAAACUUCGAAAUCGAAGGUUUAUCUUAAGAUACGACUGUAUGAAAUUUACAGUGCCCAAUGAGUUUUUAGUCGAAAUAUAACUGAAUGACAUUUAUUGUUUACUAGAUUUUAAGUAUCGUAACGUGUCAAACAUAAAUGACCAAGAAACCAAAAAGUCUUAUUGUACUAAAUUAUUAUUAUUGUUUUUGAAUUCACUCCGUAAGCUUUGAGUAUUACGAAUGAAUUUCGUACUGUUGUUUUAAAAUUUAGUUUAGAUGGAGCAUAUCGAACGAUAGAUUGUUUAAAAAUGUAAAUUAUCUACUAGCACAAUGUAAAUAAUAAUCAAGAAUGUUACUAACAAAAUAAAAUUCACUGAGUACUUAUUUUCGCUUGGGCAUUUUUUGCCAAAAUCGUUUGAUGUUUAAGUGUCGAAAUGACGUCGAGGUCAUAUAAUAUCCAUAUUUAUAAGUCUGGCUGCCUACUAGGCUUGACACGAUUUAUUUCUUACUUUGAUUUAGUAAAGCUCUCGUGAAAUGCUAAUAGAAACGACUUGACGUUUGACGACUUUUGACACAAAACGCCUCAGCGCUUAUUUUUAUGUUCGGGUCUGAUUGGGACCGGGAAACUUUGUCUAUCUUAUCCUUAAGGAACAGUGACCUCGCAGGUUUAGUUACAGGAUAUCCUCAAGGAGUUGUACUUCUAGUUGAAUCUAGUAUUGGUAACGACUCGAUCCCUUGGACUCUUCGUCGUCAUUUUUUUAAUACGGGUUUAUAUUUUUAUUACCAGAGAACUCUUGUAAGACGAGUUCUUAUUAUUAUUUUUUACAUACGUACAUUCAUGUUCUUUUUCAUGCUCGUAUGUAUCGUUGACUUUCAAUAACAUGGUUUCUUUACUGUUAUGGCUUAAUAGGGCUUGUCUUUUUUAAUUAUAGGUACUUCAAAUGGAUUUUAAAGGGACCCGACUUGACAAAAAAAGAGUAGUCUUUAAACUAACCGGGAACCAAAAAUCGAAGCGAAUAAUGUCUUCUAUCACUCGACACAAGAGUAACAGAGAUGCAAAUAUACGAAACUUUGAUAUUCAAUAUUCGCGGUAGCCCCCCUGUGACUGAGUUGAGUUCUAAAUGUAGACUCGUGAGACUCGACUCAUUACCAAUUCUAGUUGAAUCUGCAUGUUUUCUUAUUACCUCAUUAAAUUGUUAAAAGUUGUUAGACAGUUACGGUACCCUAUAAUCCUUCGAGCAACACCGGAAAGGGAGACGGCAUUCGUACUAUUUCCCCGUCUGCCGAAGCAUAGGUACAACUGUACCUAUGGCGGUGCGUGUUGUGACUCGUCCGUACACAAAAAGAGAUCGAGGUGUGCAAGACUAUCUUUGACGUGUGUCAAUUCAUUUUCUAUGUAUUUGUGUCGUCAUUACAGAUUGGAUUUAGUAUGUAGUGAGUGAGAGGUGCGACUGUGUGCACGUUUCCCCCCGCAAAAAAUGGCAGAACGAUUUGUACGAUAAAAUCACUUGGGCUUCUCCCUUCCGACAUGACGGAAGCUGGUGUUGCUCGAAGCUAUAAUCCAUUCCAAUCUUUGUACCUACCUUAAACCAUUCGUGUUGUAUAUAUGGCCGAUUUUGUAAACGAUAUAAGACCUAAUAAUAAAGGUUGUUCGUCCCGAGGACAGAAUUAUCGUGGAAUUGGCCCGUAAUUAAAAUUGUCAAUUAACGUAAAGUUAAUACAAGUUAGAAUGUAUUUAGCACAUUUUCUGUAAAUUUAUUUCGUGCUUUGUCCAAAUAAAUUAAUGAUUGUCAUUGUAAUUCCUGAUAAAUCUUAUAAUCAAAAUGGUUUUCGAGUUAUAUGAAAACUUUAAUGUACUUACUCAUUCCAUGUCAAAAUAGUAAUUCUUAACGUUUAAUCUGGCUUAUUUCCUCUAAACAAGACAAGACUUUGACCAAUUUGUUCCGUAAAGGAAAAUAUGCAAAGAAAAUAUUUUCUAUUUGGAAUAUCUCUCUAUAAGAAUUAAGCGUUGUUAUAUAUUAAACACUCGAUCGCUUGUAAUUUAAAGUAACAUCUGAAAAAGACGUAGAAUUCUGUGUAUUUAUUGGACCAUAUUUGACCGUUCGGGUAAGUUUGUCUCCUGGAAUGCUAAAUAAUAUGCAGCCGAGCGCGAUUAUCUGUGCAUCUUCUGUGCGUUAGUAGCACUAUUGCUUAUCUGUGUGUCUAUUUUUUAUGGUAAAAAUAAGGUUUGCCGUUGGCUACAUUUCACGACCGAAGGUGUUUAAUAUGUACUAACGCCCUAAAUAUUUUACAUGAAGAAAAUCUCAAAUUAAUUGUGGUAAUAAACUAUGUACAACUAUAAUGUUAAGAUUGCUGUAAGUAUUAUUAGAAGUAAAUAGACAAUUAAUAACUGUAAUUCACUAAAUGAAGAGUUGUAUGGUGUGUGAAUAUGGAGGUUGUUUUGUUCCAAACAAAAAUGUUAUUUAUUUAUGAUUAAACGAAAUUUUAAAUACU